AGGGAGCUUGAGAUUCCAGAUUUCCCUGCUGGCGCAGGUGGACCUCCCAGUGGGCUGCCAGUGGUGGGCUUUCCUGCUGAGCAGGUUUCUUGGUGGAUCCGUGGCUUGAAAUCGCAGCCAAGAGAUUCCCUUCCCAGCGGCGAUUUCACAUCCCUUCAGUUCGUCGGAUUAUCGCCGGCUUAGUCCUCUCGCCUGCGUCGUUCGGCGUGCUGCGGUGAACACUCGCCGCCGCGGUUCAGCAGGACGCGGUUCGCCAUAGUGCAGAUUUGCCGUGCCGCGAUCUGGACAAGCCAGUUGCGCAUUCUCGCGGCCGGAUUUGCACAUCUCGCGGCGCAUUGCACGGAGAGGGAAGCAUGGCGCGUAUGCGCGGAUCCGCGUCGAUCCAAGUGCUGCUCGUUCUCCUCGCGCUGCUCGUCUCGCCAUCUCUAGCCAAGACCCCGUCGCCUCCCCCUCCCAAGAAAUCCCCGCCCUCUCCGCCGCCAGUACCGGCGCCUUCUCCGGCGCCCAUUCCUUCCCCCGCCCCAACCCCCGCGCCUUCCCCAACUCCCGCACCCUCCCCAACGCCCGCACCCGCGCCCGCCUCUAUCGCUCCGCCCAUUCCUCCCCCUGUCCUCGCCCCGCAACCCGCACCCACACCCGCUCCCACCCCGUCUGCCCCCCCCGUUCCCCCUCCCGCGCCUCCCCCCGAGAUCUCCCCGCCAGUGGCUCCCCCGGUUCUUCCCCCCGCGCCGCCGCCAGUUGUCGGAGCCCCGCCAGAAAUCCCCCCACGGGAUGCCGCUCCUCCCUCGGAGGCAGGGCGCGGGGAAGCCCCUCCGCCAGAGGCAGGGCGCGGGGAAGCCCCUCCGCCAGAGGCAGGGCGCGGGGAAGCCCCUUCGCCAGAGGCAGGGCGCGGGGAAGCCCCUCCGCCAGAGCCAGGGCGCGGGGAAGCCCCGCAGCCGGCGCUGUUUCCCCCGCCGCAGGGUGUGCAGGGGAAUGACUACAUGCCCGUCGAUGACUACGCCGAUUUCGUGCGCUCGCUGACUCCGCCGCCUCCGCCGGCGCCCGCGCCGUCGAGCGGGCUGAGCGGAGGCGCGAUCGCGGGAGCGGUGAUCGGAGUGAUUCUGGGAGUCGGCGUUCUGGCGUUCGUCAUCUGGAUCUGCGUUCAGCGGUCGCGAAAUGCCGCUCGUACUGCGGGGCGCGGCGGUUACGGCGACGUGAACUUGUAACUCUUUCGUUUCGCUGAGCUUCGCGGAGGGUGUCGCGAAUCGAGAAAUGCCCCGUUAUGAGAUUCUUCGUUUGGUGGCAUUGUGUUCGGAUCGUCGAAAUGAAAAACAGUGAGUUGCGGCACGGGUGUAGUGCCGUCCUGGAUUCAUUCGGAACGAAGCAGCGUCAGAUCUGCUUGUAGCGGGUAUUUCUAGUGGUGGGACAUUUCUAGUGUGACAUUGCUAGUGGGAUAUUGUUUACUGUAGCUUCGCAGGUAUUUUCGUUGUCGUGUGCCCUGCUGAACAUCAAAGUCAAAAUUCAAGUGUU